CGUUGAAAAAGAAUGUGGAAGAUUGUGGUAGAUCGCUGAGUAAUUGUAGAUUUCAAAACAAACCAUAUCGACACGUUGAGCUGUAAAAGUUUAAAGUUGCGCCGCGAAUAUUUAUAUUUGCCCUUUUAAAAAAAAUAAAAUUAUUGGUUGAGCGUUGAGAAGUGGUGCAGCCUUGUCUGUGUCCCGAAACUAUUGGCCGGAAGUGCGCUUGUGGACGAAACGAUAGCCCAGCCCAACAACCCGCCUCCUCCCCUCCCUUUACCGCUCGCUCUCACUUGGUUCGCCCGCAGCACUCGCCUUCUCGGGCAGGAUUCACUUCAGAGAUGGCUGCGAAAGUGUGCAGGUUGGUAUUCCUGUCCCGGAGCAACGGAGCGGUGGCAGCCAGUUUCCCCGCACUGGCUGUCUCUUCACAUCGACACCACCAACACAUAAGACCGGAGGCGCUGUCCGCCCACCUCGCCCAUCAGACCGUCAGGAGAGCACAUGGCCUGCGGCCCACGCCCAGUUCUCCUCUGUUUGCCCCGCCCACCACGCCCCUGUCGCCUCAGGGUUUGAAGGGAGUCCCCACAUGGCAGGGCCACAGACUGCUGUGCUCCUCUGCUGCAGCGCCCCCUGAAGAGGUGACGGUGGUGUAUCAGAACGGGCUCCCGGUGAUCUCGGUCAGCCUGCCGUCCCGGCGGGAGCGCUGCCAGUUCACCCUGAAGCCGCUGAGCGACUGCGUGGGCGUGUUCCUGCAGCAGCUACAGGCCGAGGACCGGGGCAUCGACCGCGUCGCCAUCUACUCCACAGACGGUGCGAGGGUGGCUUCCUCUACAGGCAUUGACAUACUGCUCCUGGAUGACUUCAAGCUGGUCAUCAACGAUACCACACACCUGGUGCGGCCUCCCAGGAGAGACCUGCUGGCGCACGAGGAGGCGGAGCGGCUCAACGACGUCAAGCUGCUGGUCCAGCAGCUCUACACCACCCUGCGCAUCGAGGAGCAUCAGCUGGGCAAAGAGCGCGAGCUGAUUGGACGGCUGGAGGACCUCAAUUCCCAGCUCCUCCCAUUGGAAAAGGUUAAGGAGGAGCUGAGCAGGAAGGCGCAGCGCCGGACCACCUGGGUGCUGUGGGGGGGCAUGGCGUACAUGGCCACGCAGUUCGGCAUCCUGGCGCGCCUCACCUGGUGGGAGUACUCCUGGGACAUCAUGGAGCCCGUCACCUACUUCAUCACCUACGGCACUGCCAUGGCGAUGUACGCCUACUUCGUCCUCACGCGCCAGGAGUAUGUCUACCCUGACGCCAGAGACAGACAGUUCCUCCUCUUUUUUCACAAGGGGGUGAAGAGGACCCGCUUUGAUGUUGAGAAGUAUAACAAACUGAAGGACGCCAUUGCCGAGGCGGAGUUGGAUCUUAAGCGUUUGCGGGACCCCCUCCAGCUGCAGCUCCCCAUCCAGCAGAUCACAGCCAGCAAGGAUUGAUGGGAAGAGGUCCCCCCUCCCCCCACACGCUUCCUUCCCUCUCUCUUCUCUUUUUUCCCCCUCAUUUUUUCCUUCCGUCUUUCCGUCCACCCCUUCUGCUUCCCUCCUCUCCAUCUCUUCCGUCUCUCACUCUCCGACAAGCCAUCACUCAAGCAACGGGGGGAAAGUUUUUUUAAUUCUUUUUUUUUUUUUUUUUUUUUACUUUUCUGACUGAAAACCAAGAAAAAUAAUAAAAAAUCAGAAGAGAGGAGAGGUUAAAGAAUAAAACAAACUGAUCACUUCUCAUGAAGGAGGGAUGAAACUAUGAUUUGCAAAGAAGUCAGAUGAAACUUUACUCUGAGUAACUACGAAGGAGUGAGGAGCAUUGGCUCACUACAGGAAGUCAUGCUGCCAGACAGGAAGUGACCACAGAGUUUCAAGUUUGUGGAUCAGAGACAUCGAUGCAGAGGGGAUACAUUUUUUUGGUGAUGCAAUUCCUUCACCACCCUGUCCCUCCCCAGAGAAAUAUGACAAUGGCUCCUGCCCCCCCCCCCCCCUGCCCCCCCAACAAAUAUAAGCUGUUCUUGACAGCCACACUGGCCACAGCACCAUUUUUACAUGACUCUCCUUCCAUCAAACCUUUCAUACUCUCAAAGAGCUCUUUUGUGUUGGUGUUUGGUGGGGAGGGAGGGGCGGGCUGUCACUGGAUAUUUAGGGAGUGUCUCCGAAUUAAGAAGGACCCAAGAAAAACCUGUGACUCAGCACUACUUUACUCCACACUCCAGACGUGUUGUGGAAAGGGUUAAUACUUCCCGGGUUUUCUGGGAGAUUCUCUUCCCCGCCGCACUGUCUGCUGCUCUUGGCAGGGUUUCUUCUUUCCUGUGUGUGUGUUGGUCUCGGCAUCCACGUCCCUAAAAUGCUGCCACCUCCUUCGACUCCUUCGGAAAGCCCCUCCCACUCUGUAUGAUGGACAGCAGCUGAAUGUCUGAUAUGCUAAUAAAGAGCUUUACCAGGAGCCUGUGUCUGCCUGGGCAGGUGACAUGUUGCACUUCCUGUCUGUGACUUCCUGUUUGAACCUGGUGUGUGUGGCUGAGAGUGCUCCUAGGCAAAAAACAUCACUGUGUGUUUAAUUAUUCCAAAAUGAUUUUUUUGGAACAUUUUAUUUUGAAAGCCAUAAUAAUAACUUUGUUAAAAAACAAAAGGAGAAUCAAUCAGAAUCAUUAUUUUUUUCUCAUUGGGGAAGAAACCCCCCCAUUUUUUCACCCAGUCCAUUAUAUGCGCCCACACACUCUUGAGUAUGGUGUGGCCAGACCAUCCCAUUUCAUGCAAUCCCACCGAUCUUCACUGUUUUUCCUGUCCUUACACGCACGCGCACACACACACACACACGCAGACACACACACACACACCCUGUCUGCCUCUGCGUAGGCAGACUGAGCUGAUAUCUGUUGUUUUCAGGGAUACUGUGUAAAGGCACAAUCUCCACCUCUCUCUGCUGUCCAAACCGAAGUAUGGAGUGCUGCUGUCGUAGCCUCUGUGUACUGUCACAGAAAUGAGAAACUGAACACUAACUGCGUCUCCCACAGUGCCUCGCUGCCUCCAAUACCCAGGGUGCAGUGCGACAGUCAUGACCUCUGUUCCGUCCCUCACCACAGAGAUUCUGAGGGUUACAGUGUAUAGUGGUGUUGAUGUGCAAAAGCAACCACCUAAGGACAUAAUGUAGAGGUGUCAAUAAGUGGGAGGAACCAUCUUAGAAUUUUGUAUCGAUUUAUUGGCAGGAGAAUGUGUGAACUGGUGGCUGGUGUCAUUUUCUGACUUGCGCACAGCUUGUGGAGUGGCUUAGCCCCCCCCCCCCUUAAUUUAACAAAUGGGAACAUUAAGGAGAGAUAUCACCUGAGAUAUUUCCUAGCCUUGUACAGAGGUUUUAUUUGAUGUUAAGGUAUGCUGUAGAGAAAGGCUUGUGCAUCUUGUGUAUUUAGGGGACAGUGGUGUUGGAUUUUUAGCUACCCAUGAUCCCUGUACCCUGAUUCACUUUCACUAAAGUACAUUCUUCAUCUGAAAAGAAAACUACUUACAAGAUUAUUUAUCACUAAGUGGGAAUUUAUGGGGUUAAACUGUGUCUUUUCAAAUUACAAUUGCUGAGCUGAUUGCAGCUCUGACUUUCAGAAGAUUUUAUUCCCGUUUAUUCUCAUUUGAAGUAUUUAGUUUUAAGAUAAUUGCUAGGCAUUCCGAUAAUUAAAACAGGCUUAAAAUACAAAGGUGAAAAUAGUGCGUGUUAAUCACUCUCUGCCAUUUCUUUUGUCGAGUAAAGGAGUUAGUUAUUAAUUGCAGCUGGUUCAUGCGCCAUUCUGUUCCGUUCUGUUUAAAUUAUUUAUCAGAAUUCUUUAUUCAUCUGUUCUGGCCAGGAUUCUCUUCCCUCAUACAGCAAGCCAGGCUGUCUCACCUCUUUGUGGGUCGGUGUACAUUGUGGAACUGCGGUUCCAUUUUGUCUUUGUUGCCAUGGUUUAUUUAUUUUUAUUAUUUUUUUCUCUCUGUCCUGACCGUGGCCUUUGCAGAGUUUUAAAGCCAUAUCGAUGUUUCUGUUCUGUGGUGACUGAGCCGUGAUCCGCCCGUAGUUGCCUGCGUGCCGCGGUGAGGGAUCGUCUUCUUGACGGCGGUGGUCUGUCUGUCUGUCUGGUUUGAUGUAGUGGCGGUGCGACCACUGUGGGUUUCCCUGUGUUGACGCCUCUAGUCAUCUGUCCUCGGUUGGUGAAGCACAAUCGCCCCGCUGUGCGAGGUUGAAGAGAGUCGCAUCGGCUGCAUUUGCUGGGGUGUGCGUGCCUGUGUGCGCAUAUGUGUGUGUGUGUGUGUGUGUGUGUGUGCGCGCUUACACAGGAGUGUGUGUACGUGCGCAUUAGAGAGAGCGAGAGCCGCAGUGAUGUGAGGAUGGCGUGGAGAACAAGGCUUUCCUUUUCCUUCUCAUCUUAAGCAAAACAGCUGAAUGGUAUUUGUGCUGUCAGAUUUGUUAGACGGGUCAUUUGAGAGACAGGAGCGGUGGUGGUUUAUUUGAAUGGGGGUAAAGGCAGGCCGCAGCUUGCAGGGCGGAGUUGUCUUGGGUUCUGUUUGUUUGGGUGGAGCUGACACACAAGGCUAAGAUGGCCGUCCAUUGUUGCCGAGUUCAUAAGGGCAGUGAAAACCAAAAAAAAAACAAAACCCCUCCCAGCACACACACAUCUGGCGCUGUGCCUGUGCGCGUUUGCCUGUGCCUGUGUACAUGUGUUUGUGUGUGCAACAUGCGGAGAAGUGCAAGCCAACAAAUACAAUGGAUACUGUCCUUGAUCUCCCAUACCACGAUCAAUAAUGCGAUUAAUCCUCUGAAAAGUCACAUGAUCGAUACAGUCGUAUAUCCCGGACAGCUGGGAGGGAGGGGUUCUCUGCUCCUCCCCUCCGCUGCUCUGCACUCACUGACAGUCGCCCCACCUCCACCUCCACCUCCACCUCCACUCCAUCUCCAUAUCUUUAGGACUCAUUUCAUCUUUUCUUUCUUUUUUCCUUUUGUUUCCUUUUUUUACCAAAACAAAAAAAAAAAAGAAAUAUAUCAGAUAUAGGGAACUUUAUUCUAAAGCGGGUGUUGCAUGAAUGUAUGUUUACAAGGGGAAAAAUUAUAUUUAAAAAAGACAUUUAAAAAAAUCAAAAUAAAAUGAACAAUUAAAAAAAAAAAAAAAAAAAAAGUAUAUUGAUUUUGGAGAGCGCCGUUCACAAAGACAUGGAAUCCUGGUCGCCCAGGGCAACGAUGAGGAUGCUUGUUGUGCCACAUGGGUUGGGCUCGCUGACCCUCCAGCCCCCCCGCCCCACCCCCCACCCCCCACCCCCACCCGGUUUUGUGUGUAGUUAUGAGGCCAGUGUUUGAGCCGUAGUGUAGUAGGAGCAAGCCCGGCCUGUGUCUGUCCUUAAGUCAGGGUACUUCAGUGGGCCUAACGGGGGCAGCUGUGACCCCUGGGGUGGUUACGACUGCCCUUCUACCCCCACCCCACCACCCUCACCCCUUCCCUCUCCCUAGCUCAGACCAGAGGAGAGUCUCUGACAGCAUGUGGGUUACCCCCAGAGUGUGCACGUUUCCUGACCUCCCCCUGCCCCCUUAAUCACUUACUUUGGUUCCUUUUCUUUUUUCUCAUUCGGUUUUGUUUUUUUUUUUUCUUUAUUGUUUUGAUGCGUGCAUUGUUUUAAAUUUUUAUCCUGUUUGCGUGCACUUAUCAAAGACUAUAAAAAGAUGUUUUAAAAAGUUUCAAAAAUAAUGGUUGAAGCAGGAUGUAGGAUAUAAUUAUUGUUUUUCAUUCUUAAUCUGUUUUUCUUUCUUCUGUUGGCAUCGGAUGCUGUAAUAUUGAAAGAGAUGAGAAAAAAUACAAAAAAAUGUAAAAUCCUGUAUCAUUUAUGAAAUAUGUAUAAAAGAGAAAUGUAAUUCAGUUAUCAAUAAAAUACUUAUCCAGGUUUUGGAAA